UCGACUGCUUAAUGGAACUCUACAGGACAUUGGCCUAGGAUACAUACGAUGGAGAGCAUGCUACAAAUUUGUAUUCUCCUAUCCAUGGUGAUUUUGUCCUUUGCUGGAUGUGGUCCUUGUCAAUACGACCUGGUGACCGGACCAUACGGCGUGUCCGACGAUGCAAUCACAGCGUCAACUACUUCUCGUGAUUGUCCUAUAGAGAAAGCCAGAUUCAGCAGUUCCAGAAGCUGGUGUCCCAAUUAUUCUGGAGUCGGACACUUUUUACAGGUGGAGUUUCGAUCAGUCUCAAUGCUGAAGGCAAUACAGACUAAGGGAAGGGAAGACAAUAGUCAGUGGGUGUCUUUGUACAGUGUCAACAUCAGUAUGGACGGAAUCACCUGGACAUCCUUAUCGAACUCUACAGGCGAUGUACAGGUGUUUCCCGGAAACUCCGACAGAAAUACAGUCGUAACCAAUGCACUAGAAGGAACUGUGAUCGCCAAGUACAUCCGGGUUAUAUCCGUCUCUAUGCAUUCCCACGGAUCAAUGAGACUGGAGGUUCAGGGCUGUCCGUACUCAGAAAUAAGCAGUACAUGUCAUCGCUGGGGAGCCAAGCUUGGUGCCACUGGGGACGUACUUUCUAUUAUCCUGGACACGGACGAAUCGAACCAAGGACUGUGUGGCUUGAAGUGUUACAGACAACCGGAAUGCGACAGUUUCCUGUUUGACGUUACGUCUGCGCAAUGUAGAUUACUUAAGGGGUCAGUGAAUGGGUCACAAAUCACGGUUGACCUGGACGGGGUUUGGUAUUUUGUGAAAAUAUGAUUGUCAACACUUACUAUUUGACGUCAUUUCCGCAUGCACUUUGUCUCACAAUGGGCAUGUCAUCCUUGUGAAUUGUUUUUUCCUUUUGUCAGUUGCGGGUUUGAGAUGAUAUCCCAGUUAUUUUUUAUAUUGAUGUGUUGAUUGUGUUCGAAUGUGCGUAAUUUAUUUCGAUUUUCGAAUGUGCGUAAUUUAUUUCGAUUUGCCUAUUUUAUUUUCAUGGACACCAUGUAUUCAAGGCAUUCGAGUUUGAUUCUUGUAUUGGUACGUAGCCUUCGUCUUUGUAACGUUAGAUGAAGAAAACAAAUACUUACUAUGUAAUAUCACGUAUGAUAUCCCAGUAAGUUGUUAUAUUGAUUUUGUCUUACUGUAACAAAAUUCAUGUCAUUUUUCAUUAUUGUAUCACAGCUACGUACUGUAUGGAAUCGUGUUUAUUUCACAUAGCUGGCUAUGGAGGAUAGAAAUUCCUCUCAAUUGGAAGCUGUGUCAAAAAUAAAUUAUGUUACAUGGACAUGAUGUGACAAUGCGAAUAAUUUAAAUACACGGGGAGUUUGACGACUUUUUUAAUGAUCAUUUCAUUUAAAAUAGAAAUAACUAUUAUACAGUUAUUUUUGAAGUUGAUACUGAACUUUUUUUAAUUUUUACCAAUGGUAUAAAGUAUUUAUUAUCGGUAAAGUAUUGAAGAACGCAAUACUCUGCCACAAUAGGACGUCUAAACACACACCGAUAAAAUAAAUUCGUAAGGUAUAAAAUUAUGAAAACAACUCCGUUGCAUUCGUUUACAAAUAAUAAAUGUUUCCCGUUUUGUUGUUGUUGAAAGUAAGAACUCUCGUUAACUAUCUAACCACCUUGGGAGAGACGGCUCACAUGCGCUAUUGUUCUGACAACGGCUCAGUCCCAUCAUCAUUUUUUGUAGCGUUGCCAGUUAUAGAUGUUGAAAAUCACUGAUGAAAUAAUUUUUGCUAAUGUUAAUUUUUUGAAUAA